AUGCUUCCACGCAGGCGAGGAAGACAUUGCGGCCAUCCCAACUUGCCAGCAGCCGGAGCUGGUGCUCCAAAAAAUGCCGGCAUGCCUCUUUGUCUCGAUCCCCGGCGCGACCUGGCAACACCGCCCAGGUCUUCCACCGGGGGUCGCUUGCAUUCGCCCGGUCGUGCAACAUUGGAAGCUCGAGGCCCACGGCACCGCCACGGUUGCCAGACGAGGUUUUCCGCUGGCCUGCGAUUAUGCUGGCACGGCGCAUUCGUUUUUCUUGCGACGAAGUCAUCGCACUCGGCGGUGCAAAGCAGUUGUUGGUACCUGGAUUGGCCCUCGCAGUGGACGGAUUUCUACGAAUACGCCGCUGAUGAAGGUCCGCUGCAGAACCAGUCCAACCGGAGGCUGCUGGGUGGUGAAGCCGCGCUGUGGACGGAGCGGAUGGAUUUCACCAACGUUCUGUGCCGUGCCUGGCCGCGGGGCUUCGCUGUAGCAGAGCGGCUCUGGUCCGACACCAAGCCUGGCGCCAUUGCGUCGGAGCAGAGAGACCCCCAGGUGGACCGGCGUUUGGAGCUCCAGAGCGAACGCUUUCAACGUUUGCAUCGCUUGAACUUGAGACCCCUGAGGCCAGGUGGGACUGCGCCGCUCGAGGUCCUUCAGAGCGACUUGAAGAAUGUGGACAGGACCUGUCCACUACUGGAGAGCCAGGCGAUCCAACGGGAUGAACCACCCGGGAAGGUCCCAGUUGACGAAGAGUCGGUCACCCCGGGCACCGAAACGCCGAAACGCCGAAACGUCUCGUCCCGUCGUCGUUCUGGCUCCAGCGUGGGGUGGGGUGCCAGGGUGUUGCGAGUGCUCAUGGGUUUGCUGCGGCACGUAGGACCUCCAGGUGUCAAUGCCAAGCAAACUCUGAGCAAUGUGAACAAGGACUUGCGGCAAAGUGGGGGAACCCCAGGGGAUCCAAGGCUGGAGUCGUGGAGAAGGGACCCUGAACUUUGCCUCAUUUGGGCCGCCUUUUGUACCUCAUCGCCCUUGAGCUUGGCUGAUGGCAUUGCAUUAGCGAAGACACGCAGGCAGAUAUUGGCAGAUGGGGCAGAUGGGAUCCGUGAAUGGCUGGCUUUUCGGAUUUUCGGCUUCCCAUGGAUGAGUUUUCGAAGUAGGUCUGCACAGGAGGCAUUGCAGCUGCUGACUGGUAAAGGCACUGCUGCCCCUGGCAAUACCUCUUAUGGAGAUGCCACCGAUGCUGCUGAUGAUGCCAAAGCUCAUGUCGGUGAUGCUGAUGGAACUGCUCCAGGUUUGAUGGAUGCUGCCGAUGCUCCGGACUUCAUUCGUGCUGGUCCCGCCGCCUAUGGCUAUGAUGCUGAUGGUGGCGCUUGA